AUGGAAGACCUCAGGCAGCUGGUAACCCCCAUAUCACAGCACCGCGAGGGUCACAGACCACUCGUCCCGGAGAAGAAGCCCCUCGGCACUGACGUCGCGUCAAACAUCCUCGACAACAUGAGACUCGCCUAUACCUCAGUCCUCAAGAACCAAGUGAAUGUCAUCACCGAGCAAGUCAGUCCAACUGCUAGUUCUAAAUUUGACGAGAUGGGGUUCACAAAGGUCGAGCCACCAGCUCCAGAGCAAAAUGGCACACAGAGCAGGGGACCAAGGCAAGCUCUGCCCAAGGGCCUCGUUGCCACCCGUUUUCACAAUUAUCCUGUCUCUCAUCAUCCUCAUCGCUCUCCGCCCCAUACUUCGGCUGCCGACUCACCCUCCUUCGUCGAGUGUGAUUUGAUCGAUCUUGGAGCUGACGUUUCUUCGCUCCCAAGACAAGCUUCUGAUGACCGCCACCCCGCCUUUCGAAUUAAUGACGGAGGACACGGAGUCGACACCAACCAUGAGCUACUUCUGCACCGCGAGAUCGAGGAGUUGCGAAACAAACUCGAGUCGACGACGGCGCGGGCUGAGAUUGCUGAGGAAAAGGCAGAGCGUGCGGAAAAGAGAAUUGAUGAGAUCAAGACGAGCGUGAGCUCGGCCGCCAACGACACUGGAAUGGACACCGAGUCGCUGGCCCCAAUGCUCAGCCAGCUGAAGACAGAAAACUCAACUUUAAAAGAGCAGCUAAGAGAUGCACAAUCUCACAUCUUCAGUCUGCAACCCUACCGCAAGGAGCUCACCCCUGAAGAAGUCGGACGCGAGUAUGACGAUCUCGUCGAAGGCAUCGCCGAUUGGGUAUCCAAGUUUAUGGAUCCUGUCCUCGACGACUACGAUCAGGGUGUCGAGGAUGUCCUGAUGAACGCCCGUCGGAAGCCCACUGAGGCCCUUAGGUUGAAGCGGAUGAUACACAUGUACCCAGACUUGGUCAAAGGAUCCACGUUUCCCGAAACGGACGAAGAUGUCAUUGUUGCCAUCAUUAUGAGAUUCCUCAAUGACAACAUCUUUCAAAAAGUGCUUUACGACGCCAUUGCAAGUUGUGUCGAAGUGCUCAGCUUCGUGGAGACGGCUUUGCAGAAUCACGUCGAGCCCAAGCGAGAUCUCUUUGCAAUUAGAACAUGGACGGCCGAGGCCUACAAUGCCAUCUUGAGCUCUCGACAGUUCAUGAACUGCAGGGACAAGAAAGCGCGGGAACUCAUGAACGAGCUCGCUGGCAUCUUCAAAAUACUUUGUAGGAGAGACCAGAUGGAGUGGUUCGUCAAGAACUUUGGAGAGCACUGCAUCAAGCCGGCUAUGCAACUCUACGAAAAGAUGUUGGUGUCAACGAACCACUUCUACUUCGACAUCAAUCCAUACAUUCUGUGUAGCCCUAAUGGUGAGAUAGAGACGUCGCCCGACUUCUUCGACUGCUUGCAUGACCUUGACUGCAAGAACGUGCUUCAAAACCGCAAGGCUGUCAACUUGGCCAAGAUGGAUCCGCCACCUUCAAAGAUGGAGCUAUACCAUCACAUGCUCAACGUCUGUACUCUUACUCCCGCGCUUUACAUGAGGCAGAUUGGCCGCAACGACUCAAUCAAGGAGCCACAGAUCGUGCGGCGACAGCAGAUGCUGGUGGCGUGGGGCCCACAAGACAAGCGGGCCAAGUUCCGGGAAAGCGGUGACCGCACGCUGCUGUAUCAUCUCUAUUGUGCUAGGAGCGAUCGUGAGAGACAGGAGGCAGGCGGGUGGGCUACUUUUCGCUGGGGAAGCUAG